AGCAUCGUACUCUGAGGCAGACCAUAGACAGUAUACAAUGGAUGUAGUAUCAGCGACGUCACCUACAGGUUUCUGAAGAGUGUGGUGGCUCUGGUUGCCGCCAUAUUGGCAGUGCAACCAUGUGUUUACAUUUGAAUUACACCAUGUGACUUAGAAUGUAAACAAAUCAGAGAAAAAGGAGGCGGGACAAAUGGAACUGUACAGAUCAGAGCAAAACCACACAUUAAAGGCACAUGCAUUGUGACAUCAUCAGGACUGUAUAUAAGGCCACGACGCUUCAGUCAGUCAGAUCCUUUCAGACCUUUCAAAUCGUGAUACCACAGUGAGAAAGAGCCAGAAAAGACAAUUUGCAAAGAGACAACGACUGAUACAGAAUACAACUGUUCGUCAGAGAUCUACAACUGCAACCUACAAGCAUUACUUUGUGACUGACUACCAGCCAAAGAAAGAAAAUGCAGUGCCCUGGGAACCCCAGUGGUAACCAGAAGAGCGAUGAAGAGCAGACCGUACGCGGCUGCUUUUGUGAGACCAGCUGCCAACUCAACCAAGAGUUGGAGGAAACAAAAGCACAGCUGAAGAGACAAAAAUCCUUGAAGGAGAAGAUCAUCAACAAGGAAAAAGAAACAAGGCAGGAGCUAGAGAGACUCAAGAAGUACACCAAUCCAGAAACUCUCAGCACCGCAAAGAUCGCCAACCAAGUCAGCGACAACACCAAGAGGAAGAAAAAGAAACUCUUGCAGGUCGACUAUGAGGAGCUGCAGGUGGCUCACAUCAUUAAUGAGGAAAAGUUCCAGGCAGAGCAGAACAAAAACAAGCUUCUCCAGGAGGAACUGGAACGCCUCAAUAUUUCAUACCAAGUGCUCAACGCCAGGUAUGAAAAUGAUGUCCCCAAGCUCAAAAAGCAGGCCUUUUACCUUCAGUGUGAUCUUGAUAAUGAGAUCCUGCAGAAGCAUCUCGAGCAAUCUGACUACGAAGAAGCCUUCAAGGCACUCCAGGAAGAGAGAGAGAAAAACAAGACUCUCCAAGAACAACUGGAGAAGGCGAGUGUGUCACUCCAUGAGGUCAAGCAGCAGGCUGACACCCUGAGGUUUGACCUUGAGAAGGAGCUUGAGCAGAAGAAACUCCUGCAGACAAGUUAUGAGGAGCUGCAAGAGACACACAAGCUCAGUCAGGACAAGUUCUCUGCCGAGAUUGAAGCUGAAAGGGAAAAGAGCAUGAUUCUAAAGAAGGAACUGGACAAGAUGCACGAGACUACCCAGAAGUAUGAGGCCGAAGUCACCACGGUCAGAGAGCAGGCCGAGACCCUGCAGCGUGAGCUUGAAACGGAAGUCAAGUCUCAUGCAGUCUCAGUGUCAGAGGGCUUCCGUAUGAUCCAAAACGUGAGGGCUGAGCAGGAAGCCAUCCGUCAACAGAUGGCAGAAGAGAUCACUGUCCUGCAGCAAAACGCCCGUGAGAGCGAAAAGAUUUUUGGAAGCGAGCUGGACAACCUGAAAACUCAGCUCAGUGUUCAGAUCUCACUCAACCUGGAGCUAUCCACUGAGCUCCAGGCUGAGAGAGAGGCUCUCCAAAAAAUCACAGACAGUAAUGACAACCAACCACCAAAGAAGGCUGAAGCCGGUGAGGACAAGCAGUGUGAACAGCAGGAGACCAUCAGUCCUGCACUGGCCCUCGAACCACCGAAGCAGGCUGAGGACAAGCAGUGCGAGCAGCAGGCGACCAUCAGUCCUGCACUGGCCCUCGAAUCCCAGAGAGGCGCUCAGGGAAAUCUUCCAGACAGGACAGCAGAACCACCUUCUGUCGGAAGAGACCCGUCACUUUUGGGGUUGAGGAAACCAGCGAGGUGGAAGAGGAGGAGGGAGAACUAAAGAACAUCGAGUUCUCCGGGUUUUCUCCAGGUGCUCUGGUUUCCCCUGCGUCCAAGGACGCAAAAAAAUGCACA